UUAUCUAACAAGUGCUUAUAGCUCCAUUAUAUUACAUUAAUGUAGGACCUCUUACUUCAUCAACACAUAAAUACGUGUAGGUGUGUAGGUUUUCACAAAUUUAGUAAACAUUAGAUUAAGAAAGAAAAUGGAAGAUAUUCUUUUCUAUUUCAUGACUGUGUUAGUAUACGUUGCCCGACCAGUAGUGAGUGAGAGCGCGAUAAAUGGAACCAGCUGUAACAAGUUUGAAUGUGAAUACAACAUAAUUCUAAAACUGAUUAAACUUGAGGAGAAAGUUUCCCAGCAAGAUGAGAAAAAUGCUGAGCAGGAAAAGAUGAUAGAAACCAUUUCACGCGAGUUAGAAGACAGCCGCAAGGCUCUAGAAAAUCAUAUCUCUGACGGUUCUACAUAUGUUAGAUGGGGCCGAAAAACGUGUCCAAGCGGUGCUACUGUAGUUUACGAAGGGUACACAGCUGGAAGUUCUUACGAACACAGCGGCGGAGCUGCACAAGCUUUAUGUUUAACUACGAAACCGGCUUGGAGACGGUACACAUCAAAAGAGGAAGCGGGAGCUUAUAUUUACGGAGCCGAAUACCAGACAUCAUCGUAUAACGUAUGGAGUUAUUUGAACGAUAAUGACGUUCCCUGUGUCGUCUGUCGCGUACCUAACAAUGACGUGCUGAUGGUUCCAGGAAGCAGCAACUGUCCAAACGAUUACAAUCUUCAAUACAGUGGUUAUUUAAUGGCAGGGCACUAUGGUCACACGGCUCCCAGCGACUAUCUCUGUGUAGAUGAUAACCCUGAAAUAAUAGAAAGGGGCUAUCAAAAUAACAAUGGAUAUUUACUUUACUUUGUACAGGCGAAAUGUGGUUCUCUACCGUGUGGGCCAUACGUGAACAAUAGGGAGAUAACAUGCGCUGUCUGCUCAUUUUCACUCAAAGGAUAAUCGCAAAGCGUACAACCAUAUGUAUAACUUAACCCUUGAAUACAUUUUAACACCUCAUUGUUUUUAAUGUAACACUCAGCUUAGUAUGGUAUGAUCAAAAUAUCACAAAAAACUGCUCACUGAUGGUUCCAGGAAGCAGCAACUGUCCAAACGAUUACAAUCUUCAAUACAGUGGCUAUUUAAUGGAUGGGCAUUACAGUCAAUCGGCUUCGAGCCACUACCUUUGUGUGGAUGGUAACCCUGAAACAGUAGACAGGGGCUAUCAAGAUAACAACGGAUAUUUACUUUACUUUGUACAGGCGAAAUGUGGUUCUCUACCGUGUGGGCCAUACGUGAACAAUAGGGAGAUAACAUGCGCUGUCUGCUCAUUUUCACUCAAAGGAUAAUCGCAAAGCGUACAACCAGAUCAAUAACUUAUCCUUUGACCCUGUACAUUAUAACACCCCAUUGCCUUGAAUUUAACACACCGCUUAGUAUGGUAUGAUCGAAAUAUUACAAAAAAAAAAAGAACUGCUUACAGACUUUCUGGACGAAUGUUUAAUGGCACCUGGUACCAUUUGAUAACAUGUCACGAUGUUUUUUAUUUAUUUCAAUCUGAAUCAAUGUAAAUUAAAGAAACCGAUACACCUUGUUCAGAAUAAUUGGAAAGUGCAUGACAUGUUUCAUGAUGUAACAUUAUGUGAAAAAGACCUUUAAGGGACUCUUUUCAAAUCUUCAGGGAAUACCUCUGCAUGGAUAGUCGUUAGUUAUCGAAUAACGAGUGUUACUUUACAAUCAUUGGAUAAUGAAUAAGUACUGAAUAAUAACCGUAAGUUCUACAUGUAACACGUUAAAAUGUUAACGCUUAAAGACACAUCUGACAGUGUCCUAUAUGUAUAUAGGCACAAAUUUUCCUAUGAAUAGAAUUUCUUUAAACUUUGUGUACUGACCGAGAAUCAAGUUUAAAAUGGAAAUAUGUAUUAAAAACUAUAGGUACCGAUGCUUGAUCUUGAAUCAUCUGCCCUUGAAAAUCAGAAAUAAAAGUAAAAAUAUGAUUUUCAAGGGCAGAUAAUUCAAGAUUAAGGCAAGGAAACUGUGCAUUUUAAUUUAUAUUUCCGUUUAAGUCAGUAUUUGCAUUCAGUGUACAAAGUUUAAAGAAAUUCGGUCCAUAGGAUACACCAGAAUUUUGAGGUAUCAUUUUGUCAUGUUUAUAGUUAAGGGCAUUUGCCAUAGUCUCUAUAUUGACAUGGAGAAACACUUUUUACGGACAGAAUUUCUUUUUUAAACUAUGUUUACUGACAGCGAAUCUAAUCAAAAACAGAAAUAUAAAAUAAAGCAAACCAUAGGUACCUAGACUUGGUCAUGAAAUGUCUGCCCUUGAAAAUCGGAAAAUACUGAAACAUCUAUAUUCAAGGGCAGAUAAUUCGAUAUCAAGCUAUGAUUUUUAAUACAAAUUUCCGUUUUAACCUUGAUUCUCAGUCAGUGCACAAAGUUUUAAGAAAUUCUGUCCAUAGAAAAUUGUUUGCCUAUAUACAGUCAAACCUGUUUAUAAAGACCAUCAUUGGGAGAGCCAAAAUUUGUAUCCAGUAUAGAAGAAAAGUGGUUUUGAAACAGCAAUAUGAUACAAAAAUUACUUAGUGUGGGGACGCUCCAUUAAACUGUUUGUUUAAUACCAAAGUCCAAGAAAAACACGAUCAAGACUUUAUACGUUACAAAGACAAGGACGACAACACGUCUUACAGGAAAGAAACUCCGCAUACUAACUUCAGUGCAAUUUUGACUCCCUUGCGUGUCCCUUGUGAAUUUGUUUAUGUUGUAUGCCAUAUCAUUACAUUUUAUUUAUAAGAUGUGUAUCAUCCUUCAUUAAAGGUAGUAGUUAUAAGGACACAUACAAAAAAGUCUGAACAUAAUCGAGCGUAAAUUUGUGACAUUUAGUAGUUUUGCACCAUUGCAAUAAUAUGGUAUUUAACUAAUACUGCUUGUUGUUUAAAAUGUGUCUCUUCAUUUCCUUCCUUCUCUGUUGUUUUUGUAAAGAGAAAUUACCU